AAUGAUAAAUUCUGGGUAAUUUAUGCAUUGUGUCUAUAUUGUAAAAUUAAAUUCAUUAUUGGUAUUUGGUAUUGUAAUCAAUCGUUUCAAGAAGGAACUCGCCUGGUGUUUGCGUAAGAAUUGUGUAAAAUAUGAAAUGAUGAGUGAUCCUUCGUGUUCAAAUUCUUUGUUAAAAAAAGCGGAAGCACACGUUUUCAAAAAAAAUACAGUAAAAACUAACAAAAAUCAUGGACAAGGAUCAUCCAACCCUGCAAGUACAGAUCUAUCCAAACUUUCUAAAAACAUGAACAUCGGUACACAUCCUACUACUAGUAGUGGUGCAAAAUCCCAAGAUUCACCUGCAGCUUCACCAAAAUCUAAGAAUGCACAAAGAAAAGAGAAAAAACGGAUACAGAUCCCAGUGCCUGAAAGUCAGAGAGGAUUGCAGAUUACGGACGAUUUUCAUAAUGCAAAGUCAAUUAAUGUUCAUGAACUAUUUCAGAGUCAAAUUAUGCCGUUAUAUGCCACUACAAACUCAAGAUACCUCGAAAAUCUGGCUCAUCAUUCACAACUCAAUCAAAUUCAGGGUCAUCAUACAAGAGAUAUCAUUCAAAUGCAGUUAGCUACUGUUACAACUAAUUUACAACAUAAUGCAAUAAGCCCAGAGCCAAAAUAUUUACAAAAUGUUAUGCAACAUCCAUUAUUGAAGCGCGAUCAUGAAAUUAUUAAUCAGGUACGAGCACAGCAUAUUCAAUCCAGCAGCUUUUCGAGUCAAUCUAAAGGUACACCACAAAAAGAAUCUCCACGUCAGAAAAACAGAAAGAGGAAUAAUAGGGAGGCAAAAGAACAGGGAUUUGAUCCAUACAUGUCUAUAGAAGAAGUUGAAAAGGGAUUGAAAAGUAACACUCUUAUUGAAGGUGUUCUGAGAAUCAACCCAAGACAUUUCACACAUGCAUAUGUUGCAAGUAGUGAUAGAGGUGAACAAGAUGUACUUAUAGAAGGUAUUAAAAGUAGAAACAGAGCAUUAGAAGGAGAUGUUGUUAUUGUGCAACUUAUUGAAAUCGAUCAAGAAUCUACAGAGGAAAAUAAUGAGUGUAAACAAAAACAAGGUAUAGUUGUAUUUAUCAAAGAAAAAGUACAUAAGAGAACAUGUAUUGGAUCGUUAAAACUUAUGUCCGAUAAAAAUAAACAGAGGGCAUUAUUUGUACCCAGAGAUUUUAGGGUCCCAAAGCUGAACAUAUCUGUGCUCUAUUGGCCAGACAAUUUCUACGAGAAGGCAGCAGAAUAUGAAAACACAUUAUUCCUAGCUGAAAUAAUAGACUGGUUUGAUGUCAGAUUCGCCCUGGGUAAAAUAGUUUGCAUUAUAGGAACAGCUGGUGAUAUGCUGUCCGAAACGAAAGCUAUUCUAGCACAAAAUGAUUUAGAUGUGACUCCAUAUGGGUCAGAAUUCAAACAUUUGUAUCCUGGUUUAGAUUAUGUUGUUUCUGAGGAAGAAAUAAAGGACAGAGAGGACUGUCGUAAUUUAUGCAUAUUUAGCAUUGAUCCCCAUAACUGUAGAGAUGUAGAUGAUGCAGUUUCAUGUAGAAAACUUGAAAAUGGAAACUAUGAAAUUGGAGUCCAUAUAUCUGAUGUAUCACAUUACUUAGCCGAGGGCACACCCCUAGAUGAGAAGGUUGCAGAUAAAGCUACAACUAUCUACAUGGUAGAGAAAGCUUACCAUAUGCUUCCCGAUGACCUGUGUAUGCUAUGCUCCUUAUUGCCAGCAGUUGACAAAUUGGCAUUUUCUGUAUUUUGGGAAAUCACCCCAGAUGCUCAAGUAUUGAAGCAUAGAUUUUCAAAAACCGUCAUCAAUUCAUGUUGUAAGUUGGCAUACGAACAUGCUCAGGAUAUACUGGAUGAUAAGGAGAAUAUAGAAGAGAAUUUUGCCGAAAUUUACAAUGGUUUUAAAUACUCAGAUAUACAUGAAGCUAUAAAAGUUUUGGGUCACAUGUCAUCUAUAUUUAGACAGAGAAGAUUUGAUGGUGGUGCACUAAGAAUAGAUCAACUAAAAAUAACUUUUAAACUGGGUCCUACGGGACUGCCAGAAACAUAUUCUAUAUACGAAAGUCGAGCCAGUCAUCAGCUAAUUGAAGAGUUCAUGUUGCUCGCAAAUAUGACAGUAGCAGAACGUAUUUAUGAGGAUCAUCCAAAAUUAGCAUUUUUACGAUGCCAUCCACCACCAAGUUUGUACUUGCUUAAACAAUUAGCUAAAUCUUUGAAGCCCAUGGGUAUCGACUUAAGUAUUUCAUCAGCUGGUGAGUUGCACAAAUCAUUGCUGCCGUAUGUUGGACCUGAGAAUACAAACAUAGGAAGAGCAAUGGUAAUCAAUAUGUUAUGUACCAAACCUAUGACAAGGGCCAAAUAUUUUUGUGCUGGUUCCUAUGAAGAGGAAUUUUCGCAUUAUGCCUUGAAUGUUCCUCUGUAUACUCAUUUUACAAGUCCUAUUAGACGAUAUGCAGAUAUAAUGGUGCACAGAUUACUGUCAGCGAGCUUAAAAUAUUCAGAAGUGCCAAAAUGGGAGACUGACAGAGUGCGUAUGAUAGCAGCGAGAUGUAAUCAACAGAAGUACAAUGCGAAAAAAGCUGGAGAAUCAUCCACAGAGCUGUACACUCUGAAGUAUAUAGAACUUAAUUCACCAGUAGCAACUGAGGCUGUUGUUGUUGACGUUAGGGAAAAAUACUUAGAUGUCAUUAUCAUAGCCAUGGGUCUUAACAGGAGAAUAUUUUUAAACAAUGAUUUCCCUGGUGAAUGCAAAUGUAUUAAAAAUGAUGCUGGUUUAAAAUUAUCUAAGAUGGAGAUUAGUUGGAAAACUACAGAGGAUUUACCCUGUGUGAAACAAGUUAUUGAAGUGUUUUCUAUUUUAGAAGUUGAGAUGUUGAAAGGUGAUGAUAUGGUUAAAGUCGAGACAAAGCUUAAGAGGCCAAUGAACAAUUACAAGGUGUAAUGAUCUCCUUUUUAUUAAUAACAUUUUACAUUAUUAUGACAAAAUUUUCAGAACAGAUGAAAUUACUACACUAAAUAUUUUAGUUACAUUUUGACAUUCUACAUUAAUUUGUAAAUUUUAUAUUCAGUCUGUAGAUUUUUGACUACCCAAUUGUUUGUGUAAAUAG